UGAAUGUGCAAGAAUCCAGUUAAAAAGAAGAGGCUUGAAAAUUUUAAUGUGCAAUUAGUGCUUACGUCAUACUUGCACUUUUUCCACUCAGAUUUCUCGCUCCUUUCUCUCUUCAACGAACUUAUGACUUUGUUUUUUGAUACUGCGCUUCUUGUACUCCGUCACAAUAUAAACGUGUAAGAAACAAACGUGUAAUAAACUUGAAAGAUGGGAAUCGACGAAAAGUGGCCUAGGCGCAAGUUGAAAUGCGCGAAUCAAGCGGAAAUAUUACGAUCGCAUCAACGAGAUGACGAUUUCGUGAAGUAUCUGCAGGAAAAAUUGUCCGAAAUAUCACAAAAUUUUGGAGUACACAGAACAUUGCUUCCAUAUAUUCGAUCCGAUAUUCCGCUUAAGUUAUUAUACUUUGUUUUCACAUCGGGCAUGGGUAAUCAGACAUUGGGUGAAGAGUAUACCGGCAUAGUACAAGUCAAUUUGGAGAAGCAAAAAGUUCCAACAUUAACUGUAAGAAUAUUAGCUGCAAUUUUGGAAUGCCUCGGAGAGAGAAUGUUGCUCAAAUUACUGCAACAGUUUCAAGCAUAUGUGAAUCAUCCACAUAGCGAGUUGACUCCAGCAGCUGUAACAUUUUUCAAUACCUUAUUGUCUAAAUUACGUACAAUGAUACCAAUAAUUGUAUUAUUCCACAAAGGGAUAUUUUAUAUAUAUGGCAGAUACUAUAGUCUAGGCAAAAGAAUUGCUGGAUUAGAUUAUACAAAAGUGUAUGGUUCUCGACCAGUGGAUACUAUCAGUUGGGGAUUAAGAUUAUUAGGUAUCGCUACUCUCAUUCAAUGUUUGUUAAGAACUUGGCAGAGUAGUACAUUACAAAAUACUACUGUUGCAAAUAUAUCCAAUGCUAAGUAUAUCAGUCACAAAUGUCAGUUAUGUCUUGAAGCAACAGCGACAACUGCAACACUAUGUGGUCAUUUGUUUUGUUGGAAUUGUCUCAGUGAAUGGCUUCGUGUCAAGCCACAAUGUCCAUUUUGUAGAGAAUACGUACCACCGUCGAGAAUUGUCCAUGUGAUGAAUCUAUAAUUUUCUGUGAUAUUAGAUUAUAUUCCAUAAAUAUAUAUA